AUGGUCACUCAAACUUCCGCCUGGGUCUUGAAUGAUCAGCACGGUAUCGACAGUCUCCAACUAGUCGGUGACCACCCAAUCCGCACCCUGAACGACGACGAAGUCCUAGUCAAAAUAAACGCAGCCUCACUAAAUUAUAGAGACAUAGUGAUCGCAAAGGUAGGCUCAAAACACACAGAAGCAGUAAACCAAAGCACAACGAAUAUUCACCAAAACCAGGGCGAACCACAACUGCCAUUCUUCACACCCGGCGUAACUCCAGGAUCCGACGGAGCCGGAACAGUCGAAGCAGUCGGAUCCAAUGUGAAGACGUUCAAAGCAGGCGAUCGAGUCUGCACACAUCUCGUCUCACAAUUGCCUUCGUCUGAGGCACCGGGUUUCUCAAAUAUCAAUACUGGCCUCGGGCAACAUCUUGACGGGACUCUCCGCAAUCAUGGCAUUUUUCACGAAUCGGCUCUUGUGCCAAUGCCGGAUUUGAGUUUUCUUGAAGCAUGUACCUUGACUUGUUCGGGGCUUACGGCUUGGAAUGCCCUCUUUGGACUUUCGGAUCAUGCGCCCGGGAAGGGGUCGACUGUUCUCGUUCAGGGGACGGGUGGUGUCUCUAUUGCUGCGUUGCAGUUUGCUCUUGCGGCUGGUGCGACUGUUAUCGCAACGACUAGUUCGGAAGUUAAGGCUGAGCGGUUGAGAUCGCUCGGUGCUCACCAUGUUAUCAAUUACCGCUCUAGUCAUGCUUGGGGAGAUGUUGCUAAGAGUCUCACGGCAGAGAGUAAUGGUGUUGACAUUGUUGUUGAUGUGGGUGGUCUGUCGACUCUUCCUCAGUCAUUCAAGGCUGUGCGCAAAAAUGGUGUCAUCGCUGUGACGGGACUCCUCGGUCAAGCGGAGGACCAGGCUGCUAUUCCUUCGAUCAUGGAUUGUUUGAUGAAUGUGUGUACGGCGAGGGGGAUUCUCCUCGGCACCCGGGACCAGUUCCAUGAUAUGAACCGGUUCAUCACUGAGAAGGGCAUCAAACCGGUUGUCGAUGAUAAGGUGUUUGGCUUCCAGGAGACUAAAGAAGCGUACCAAUACCUGCAACAGCAAAAGCAUUUCUCCAAAGUGUGCAUUGGACUAGAAUAA